AACCCUCUCAUUUUGUUGGGAUAUUCCAGGUUUAUGGGACCGUCUUCCACAUGAACCAGGGAAAUCCAUUCAACCUAAAGGCCCUGGUGGACAAGUGGCCUGAUUUUAAUACAGUGGUUAUCCGCCCUCAGGAGCAGGAGAUGACAGAUGACUUUGACCACUACACCAACACUUACCAAGUCUAUACUAAGGAUCUCAAGAACUGUCAAGAAUCCCUUAGCACAUCAGAUGUCAUCAACUGGAAACAACACUUGCAGAUCCAAAGUUCACAGUCCAGCCUGGAUGAGGUGAUACGGAAUCUUGCAAUCACUAAAUUCGUUAAGGUCAAGCAAACACAGUGCAUUCUCUAUAUGAUGCCUGUAUCGGUAAGGAAAUUGCUUCCUUCCUUACCGGAGACAAAGAACUUACAUCUUAGAUCCAGCAGCCCCAAGGCCAUUAAUCAAGAGAUGUUUAAACUCUCAUCCUUGGAUCCUACCCACGCUGCCUUAGUGAAUAAAUUCUGGUCUUUCGGUGGCAAUGAGAGGAGCCAGAGAUUCAUCGAGCGCUGUAUCCGGACCUUCCCCAGCGUCUGCCUUCUGGGACCUGAGGGGACCCCUGUGACCUGGUCCCUGGUGGACCAGACAGGAGAGAUUCGGAUGGGGGCCACCUUGCCUGAGUACCGGGGCCAGGGUCUGAUCUCCCAUAUGCUGUUUGUCCAUACCCAGGCUCUGGACAAACUUGGCUUCCCUGUGUAUAACCAUACAGACAAAGCCAAUAAAAUCGUACAGAAAAUUAGUCACAAUCUACAUAAUACCCCCAUGCCCUGUGACUGGAACCAGUGGAAUUGUGUGCCUCUGUGAAGUAGCCCUGAACCCAAGACAGUUUUGUGUGGGCUGGUCACAUGGCAAGAGAUGCAGAGGGACAGAAAGAACGAAUAAAUUGUAAUCAGUAGUAAAUCAGUGUGUGUUGUUUGGGCUCUGGGGAAGCACUGUGAAUGUCAACAAAACCACUGGAAUCCCUUUUCACAAACCCCUCAUGAACUUCCCUGUGGGUCCAGCAGACCUGGCAUGGGCAGACCUAUUUCCUGCGUAUUCCAACCCUGGAAGCCACCAUUCUACUCUGUUUCUAUGAGUUCAACCUUUUUUUUUUUUAAGAUUCCACACUUGAGGGAUAUCAUGCAGUAUUUCUGUUUCUCUGUCUGGUUUAUUUUACUGGCUCACAAUUUUCCUUUAAUGCACAUGACUGCUAAGGAAAGUAUCCAUAAUCAAUAAAGAAUAAAUGCAACCCACUA